AUGACCGCCCCCGAACAGUUGAUACCCCGUGCGGUCAAACCGGACACUGCGGAAGCCCCUAAAUAUGGGUCGAAGUCUCCGAAGGUCCUGAUGUCGGAAUCUGGUAACCGGGGCGGCGGGUUUGGGGGACGCCGGACUAGCGAGGGCGACCCCCAAUCGGGCGGGACCCGAGCGGGUGGAUCCCGAACGGGGGCGGGGCGAGAGGAGACUCAAGGAGCAAAGGGUGGCACCGCAGGUGCCGACGACACCGAUGACGACGCCACCGAUAUACAGCAAGGUUUAUUAGGACGAAGGGAAACGACAAUGGAGAUUGCGUUGGACCGCGCCCGUGAAGAUCCAGAAGCGAAUCGAAUGCGCAUUUAUUCGUACGCCAUGGCAGGGCCGGCGGUCGAGGGCUCGCCUUGGAAGAUGGAGAUGGAGUCAGCAAGAACACCGCAAGCCGUUACCGGGCACAGCGCCAAGCCGGCAACGGGGAAGGGACAAGGGAGAGAACGGAGAGUACAGGCGGAACGGAAAGUCCAAUCGAGCGCAAGCAGGGAAGCCGAAAGACUUGGGAGCGUUGAUGCUUCAAUGUCGAUACCAGAAGGCGCGGUGGUCGAGAGCAUUAGAACGGACACCGGGGUCAUCGACAGCGGCUUUACCGAUGGUGACCUUGGUGCAGACGGUCUUCUUCAAAAAGACGGUGGUGGAGGAACAGCCGGUCUCGGAGGACACCGGGUCCUACUAGGGGCCCAAGGAAUCAACAUACCUCCCCGUGCUCAACAUCGUCAGGAUAAUAUGCUACGGACCGUACUUGAAGAGCAGGGGGACAACCAACAAGGGGACAACGACGCCGCUAGGAACAGCUUUACCAACUUUUUUAAGCAGGACCUUUCGGACACUACAGGGCAACCGGACAUCGGCGAUACCGAAAAUACUCUGACUCUUCUGCAAGCUACACGCCUUGACGAACUGCCCAACGCCAAAGAACACCGCAAUGGCAAAAUACAACCGGAUGCUGAAGAACGGCCCAAUCCCAAAAUCUUGCUCCACAAAGACCUGCUGUAUAGCCCGAGUGGGCUUGACAGCGAAGAAUCAUUCGACGUCAGCGCCAGCCAAAUCACGCCGGCAUACGUACAAACCAAGCUAAGGAGACAAAUUGAAAAACAAGGAGGCUCUCAUUAUGAGUCUCCCCUCCGCGCGGACACUUCUGACUGGAAACCGCUGAGCAGCCUAUCUCCUAUCGAAAAACUGAAACUGAGCCGGAUUGGUGUUCCGACUCCGUUUACCACUGCUCAGGAACAGAUUACAAAUAUUAAUUCUCCUGCUCUCGCUGCUGAAGAGUUCAGUAAGUCUAAAAAAAGAAGCAGCGAGAUAUGCAUCCACUUGUAA